CUGAUGUUCCCGCUCACCUUGCCGUAAACUUGACCUCAUGAGCUGGCGACCCGAAUGUUGACCUUGCCAACCCUUUCACCUUGACCGCAUUUCUUGACUCGAGGAUCGGACGUCGUAGGCCCGAUUUUCACGGCACUGCAUUGUGCUCGACAACGCGCAUAAUGGGACGAGGUCCUUCGUCUACUAAAAGAUGGAGUGACGAUGCACCGCAAGUCGAGGUCUCAGCACAUGGCUCCGAUCGCAACAACAACAGCAGCAGCAGCAGCAACGGCAACAGCGCAAUCGCAGCGAGUGAAGAUGAGGCGGUGUUCUCUUCAUCUAAACAAAGUCCCGAUGCGAUCGAAAAACGCCUUCGCUUGAAGAUCGAUCUUCGGCUAUGCACCAUCGCUGGCUUACUCUGCUCGUUGAACCUCCUUGAUUCUGGUAUCAUCAGCUCGGCCGCCGUGACGUCGAUGCUGAAAGACCUGGAUUUAUCUGGCAACCGUUACAGCGUAAGCAUAUUCAUCUUCACUAUCGCAAGUAUCGCAUUUCAGUUACCAUCAACCAUUGCUGUGCGCACGUUUGGUCCAAGGAUGUGGUUCUCCUUCAUCACUUGCAGCUUCGGGCUGAUCACUAUGUGUACGGCAUUCAUCCACUCAUGGCGUGAGAUGAUCGCACUGCGAGUCCUGCUAGGUAUGGCCAUGAGCGGUAUCUAUCCUGGCCUCUCCUAUCUUAUUUCCACAUACUAUUUGCGCGAAGAGCAGCAGACCCGCUACGCAUUCCUGCAAUCUGGCCAGGUGAUCAUUUUGGCCACGGGCAACAUCGUCAAUUUCGGCCUCAAUCAACUCGAUGGAAGAGGCGGCCUGGCAGGCUGGCGAUUUAUGUAUCUGGUGCAAGGCCUCGUUACGAUCGUGCUCGGUUGUAUCACAUAUUUCUGGAUCGUCGACUUUCCAGAGCACGCCCACAAGAGCCUAUAUUUUCUGACAGAGGACGAGCAAAAAUUGGCUGUCUCACGGAUCCAACGCGACCGUAACGAUGUCUUGCUCGAAGAUUUCUCAUGGGCAAAGGUUCUCGGCCAUGCUCGCGACGUUAAGAUCCUCGGCUUCGCAUGCAUGUUCUUCCUGCUCAACCUUGUCUCCACAAGUCUGAACUAUUUUUUGCCGAUCAUCCUACAAAACGGUAUGGGCUUCAGUGAGAACGCUGCAAUCCUGCUGUCUGCUCCGCCAUAUUAUUAUGCUGUCAUCCCUGUCAUCAUCUCUUCUCUGGUCGGCGAUCGACUCCGCCAGCGAGGACUGGUCAUCAUUUUCAACAGCAUAUGUCUCAUCGUCGGCUUCUGCAUGCUUGGAUUCACGCAACAGGUCACAGCACGUUACAUUGGCACCUUCCUGGCGACCGGUGCUUACAUCUCAAAUUGGGCAGCCAUCACUGCCUACUACCAGACAAACAUCACAGGGCAAUGGAAGCGUGUAUUCACUGCCGCAGCCGUGUCAGCCCUCAACGGCGCGGGCGGUAUUGCGGGCUCUUUCAUUGUCAGACAGGACGAGGCGCCGCGCUACAUUACUGCGGUCUGGAUUUCUAUUGGAUCACAUAUCCUUAUCAUCGGCUUUGUCGCCGCAUUUUCGUUGUACUUUUGGUUGGCAAAUCAGCGGCAACAGAAAAAGGGUCGAUUGCUGGAAGGUACUGCAGGAUUUCGUUAUUCUUACUAGCCUUAUGAGUCUACGACCUGUAACAACGACAGUGCCUAGGUGUGCCCGUACCUUGACGAGAUAUUACCCCAGCAGCGCUGGACGUGUAUAGAGGAGAGGUAGCCGCUGUUAGAGGAGUUCUGCACCAUAGUCGUUCCUUUCCCU